AUGUCAGGUAAACUUCCCAGGGCAACAUUAGCUCAAAAACUCCAGAUACUAGAUUAUUAUCAUAAAUCAGAUCGACCACAACUGGAAACUGUUGAAAAAUUCAAAGAUGAAAUCUCCAUAUCUACUUCAUCAUUAAGUGAAUGGAUUAAGCAUGAAGAGGAAUUGAGAAAACGAUAUAAUCAAUCAGAUUUUAAAUUUUCUAAAAAUAGUAGACGUAAAGUGAAAUUUAAAUAUGAAGAUAUAAAUAAAGCUAUGGAUAAAUUAGUAAUUGGAAGAUUAGAAAGAAAUGAACCAAUUACUGAGCCUAUAUUAAGAGAAUAUUGGUCAAUUUAUGCUCAUCAGUAUGGUGUUGAUGAUCCAAAAAGAUUACACAGUUUUAGUCAUGGUUGGUUAAGUCAAUUCAAGAAACGACACGGAAUUACUAGAAAAACAAAUGCAGAGAAACAGUCAUCAGGUAUGAAUAAUGAGAUGACUCAUGCUGGGGAACCAAGUUCUACUUCAAGUAAUACAAAUUUAUUGAGUGAAACUCCUGGUACAACUAUUGUCAAUGGUAGAGGUAACGCACAUACUUCCACAUCAUCAUCAUCAUCGUCUUCGGCAUCAUCAGCAAUGUUGUCUUCCAGGAAUAAUAACGGAAGUACUGAACAGACAAACGAGUUUGAAACGUUGAAUUUAAUGGGUAAUAAGGAUGACGAUAAUUUUGAUGGCAAGUAUGCGACGAUAAGUCACGAAUCAAGAACUCGUGAUUCUCCAAUUGUUGAUGACGUUGAACCAAGGCGAAAGAAAUCGAGAAUAGUCAGUGAAACAGAGACCACAAAUAAUGAUACAACUACAAGAUUGACAACACGUAAACAACGUGUGUCAAAACCCCAAAAUCAAGAAGAACUGAAUGAAGUAGGUGUUGCAAAAGUAAAUAGUCCUCAAGAGGGUCAUAUACAACACCCACAACCACAACCUCAACAAAACCAACUAAUACAAGAACUGCAACCACCACCACAACAACAUCUCCAUCAUCACCAUCAACCUACAGGUACCGAUAAUAAC